ACUACUACUACUACUACUACUACUACUACUACUACUACUACUACUACUACUACUACUACUACUACUACUACUACUACUACUACUACUACUAAAUUUGGUUUCGUAGUCUAG